UCAGCACGUGAAGGUCUCAACAAUGGCGGAUCACUCCACCUUCCAUUAAAACCCUCAAAAAGAAAAGAACCCCAUUUCUCAAUCUCAAUCUUGUUUCUCGUUAGAAAAAUGGGUCAGAAUUAUGUUGGUUUCUCGUUCACUAUGUCUACUACAAUCAACACCAAUUUUUUCAAAUAAAUCUCUUCUUCCUCAUAAAUUUACAAAAUUUAAUAAAAAAUUAUCUACUUUUAGUCCUAGUUUGAAAUGGAGAGUUGUAAGGAAGAAAGGGAUGUUGUUAUCAGUGAAUGCAGUUUCUGCUGAAGAUUUUCCUGAAAAUCCCAUGAAAAGGGUUCGGAUUGUUCUUCAUCCCACAUCUUUACCUGGGAAUUACGCUAUUGAUGAUCUUGGUGAUAAGGUUUUUAAGUUUUUGGAUUGGAUUCAUCAUUUUGGCUGUUCUGUCUGGCAGGUACUUUCUCUUGUUCCACUAGGCAGGAAGGCUGAUGAAGAAGGAUCGCCUCACUGUGGUCAGGAUGCGAAUUGUGGAAGUACGCUAUUGAUAUCUCUUGAAGAGCUAGUUAAGGAUGGUUAACAAGGAUGAGCUUCCGAAACCAAUGGAUGCAGAGCGAGUUAUGUUUGAAGCUGUUGCAAGUGUCAGUAAUUAGUUUAGUUUUGUCUUUCCACUCCUCAUAUGCGUGAUGCAUUCAGGCAGCGACUAGCUUGAAAUAUAUAGUAACUAUGGGGCGCAAUAUGCCACCCUACCUUGCAAAAACCAUACCAUAGAUUCCCAGAUAAACUGGUCUUCAGUUGGAUGCACAAAAAUCUUGGAGGAAUGGAAAAUACUCCUUUGUUUUUGCUCGAAACGUUUUCUGUUUACAACCGACUCAUAUUUCAACAUUUUCCUCAUAGGUUUAGUUGUCAAGUAAAAGUUGCUUCGAGCCUGUAAAUUACUUUCAUAUCAAAACCUCCACGUCUUACUUCUUUUUGCACUGGAUUUGAAGUUGAAAAUGAGCAUGCAAAUUCUUAGUGUAGUGCAGGGUUAUUAUUGGUCAAGGAAUUGGUUUGCUGUAUCAAUCAACCACUUGAUCAAUUCCGUACCCCAAUAUGAUAGAUAAAUUAGAAGAACAGUAUAAUGCUCAAUUGCGCAAUAGAAACUUAACUUUAUUGCGUUAGCAAAACAGUUAUGCAACGUUUUCCUUCAAGGUGGUGAAAUUCAUGAUGAACCAGUACCACCUCCUUAUAUUGUUCUCGUGCAAGGACCUCCCAAAGUCAGCAAGAUCCUUUAUGACUUGAGGGUUUUAAAAUGUCAAUUGCUUCUUCCGAUUCCACUUCUUCUCAAGUUUAUCACCCAGCUUUCGAAAUUUAUUGAGACCAGAAGCCAAACAAGGCUGAAAUAUACGGAUACCAGGAAAACAAGGGUGAAGACGACGAUUGGGAUGGUGAAAUUGAUGAUGAACCAGCGCCACCUUCUCAUAUUGUUCUCGUUCAAGGACCUCCCAAUGUUGGGAAGUCCCUGCUGAUUAAAUCUCUAUUCAAGCAUUUUACUGAGCAACAUAUGAUAGAUGAUAUCCAAGGCCCCAUCACCAUUAGAACAGGUGACAAAAGAAAAAGGCUUCAGUUUGAGGAAUGUCCUGAUGAUAUCAAUGGCAUGAUUGAUGCUGCAAAGUAUGCUGAUCUUGUGUUGUCACUGGUUGAUGCAAGUUACGGAUUUGAAGCGGAAACUUUCGAGUUUUGAGCCUUCUAAGAGUGCAUGGCCUUCCUAAGGUUAUGGGUGUUCUUACACAUCUUGACCAGUUCAAAGAUGAAACAGAACUGACUAAAACCAUAGAGCAUCUCCAGGAUCAUUUCCAGACCGAAAUAUGUGAAGGAGCAACAAUAUUCCACUUAUCUUGUCUUAAUGAUUAUGAGUUGUACAAAAUGUUGGAAGUACAAAAACUGGCUGAAGCCAUAUCAAUGCUCCGAUUCCGUACCCCAUCAUGGCGAGCGGAACAUCCUUAUGUGCUGGUAGAUCGUUUUGAAGAUGUUACUCCUCCAGAAAAGCUGCACAAGGAUGCAAAUUGCAAAAGAAUCAUAGGUCUGUGUGGCCACCUUCGAGGUUGUAAUAUUAAGAGCGGAUCUAAGGUGCAUCUUGCUGGUGUUGGUGAUUUUCGUUUAGAUGGUGUUAGAAGCACAGCUGAUCCUUCCCCUUUAUCUUCUGAGAUGGAAAAGGAAAAUGAUUUUUUCGAGCCACCUCACAUGAAGAAAAAGAGAUUCAGAACAGGGACCUAUAUAAGGUUGGAGGUUCAUGAUGUUCCUUUCAGUAUAGUUGAAAAUUUCGAUCCUUGUCAUCCUAUUCUCGUUGGAGGUAUCAAUCAUGAAGAGGAUAACGUUGGUUGUAUGCAGGCGAGACUUAAGCGGCAUGACUGGCAUAUGAAACUGUUGAAGUCAGAAGACCCGACCACUGUGUCAGCUGGUUGGAGACGUUACCAGACAAUACCUAUCUAUGCCAUGGAACUCGACACUAAACAGCAUGAAAGUGCAAAGUACAUUCCCCAAUAUGAGCACUGUCUUGCGAUGUUUUGGGGCCCCCUUGCACCUCCCCAUACUAGAAUUGCUGUUGUGCAGGGUAACAAGGAAGUGUUUCGGAUAAGGGCAACAGCUGUUGUUCUUGACCCUAAGCAUCACUCGAAGAUAGUGAAGGAAAGCAAGCUGAAAGGAAAACCUCAUAAAAUCCGGGGGAGGAGAGCUCCUAUUAAGUUUACACCAGAUACUGAUGUUGAUAAAGUUAUAGGUGCAUCUAUUAGAACUUGGACUGAAAUUCGGGGGAAAGUUGAUGAGGCGACAAAAAAAGAAGGGAUUGCUAAAUGCACAUUUAAGAGCAAAAUUGAUUUUCAUGAUACUGUUAUCAUGCCUGUGUUUCGUCAAGUUGAGGCUCCUCGCGUCCACUACCCAUUGGCCGCACUGGAACCACAUGACUAUAUUGUUCCUGUUAACAAGGAUUCACUUAAACAGGGAGACCCUGCUGCUCACAGGCAGCUCAGACUUGCACAACAACGACGUAGUGUGAAGUUCCCUGAUGCGGAUCCUUGCUCCUAUUCAUUUUUAAAGUAUUUAAUGUUGUCCUAUAUGACUAAAAAUGUGCGAAGGAAAACUGUGGUGGUGAUGUCUGAGGAAAAACGAGGAGCAUUAACAAUGAAAAGAAAGAGAGAGGAGCGCAAGAAAGAAAGAAGAUGGAGAAGAUUGGAUACAAGGUUACUUUUUAAUUUUUGAGGAUACAUAUAUAUUUAGUAGCCGAAACAAUCUCUUCAAACUCAUGCCACAAAAACCAAACAUAUAUGCAUCGGACAUGGAUUUUGUUAGUCUGGCUCAGAAACUUCACGAGUCUAUGGAGAUUUUUUUUUUUUUUUUACUAUUGUGCAAAUGUGAAUUUGUGUGUCAUGCCUUACUUUAUUGCUGAUCAAGUAUGUGGUGCCACCGAGUCCGGUUCUUUUGGCCGGUGACAGUUGCAACCGUAUGUCUAAUGCCUGGCCUAGGGGUCAGUGGCACCAUCAUUUACACUGGACUGGCACCAUUUCUUGUGGACCCGCCAGUGCACCAUUUUUCUAAAAACCAUCAUUCGUGGAGUUCUGACUUGAGCCGGUGAAUACAUGAUAAAAAAAACUUUUCCGAUGAGCACAAUUCCGGCAAAAACUUGAACAAGUGGGGUGCAUUAUAUAUUUAUUUAAAACGGGUACGUAAACUCUUGGGACUGUAAAUUAUUCCAGGAAACAUAAAUUAAUCAUACCGUUGGAAAUUGAACCCUGAACUGAAAUUUAACCCGACUCCUUUGUUUCCACACCUCACAUACAAAAUC